AUGGAGGUGAGAGUCAAGAACCUCAGCGUCUCAGCCGACGUCGUUGUUGGUCGACACGAAGACGGACGAGAGCUGCCCACACUCACGCACACCAUCAAGACGGCGGCACUCAAACUUUCGUCCUCGCAGCACGUGGUGCACAAGACCAUCUUGCGCAACUUCAGCGGCGUGUUCGAGCCCGGUACAAUCACGUUGGUACUCGGACAGCCGAGCUCUGGCAAGUCCUCGUUGAUGAAAGUGUUGAGUGGUCUGCCGCAGCUUGAACUAAGCAGUCGACUACCGCAGUUUGUGUCGUACGUGGACCAACACGAUGUACACUUCCCGUCGCUCACAGUGAUGGAGACGCUCGAGUUCGCUCACGCUUUCACUGGUGGCGAGUUGAUGCGUCGAGGUGACGAAUUGCUGACGAAUGGAUCAACGGAGGAGAAUUUGGAGGCUUUGAAGACGGUACAGACGCUCUUCCAGCACUACCCUGACAUUGUGAUCGAGCAACUGGGACUGCAGAAUUGCCAGAACACCAUAAAAUUGGCAAUGGAAUGCUGCGUGAUGGAGUUUGGCAUGAAGUACAUGACGCUCAUGGACGAGAUCAGUACGGGACUGGACAGCGCCACGACCUUCGACAUCAUCACGACCCAACGCAGUAUUGCUAAAACACUGGGCAAGACUGUGGUGAUCUCUCUGUUACAGCCGUCGCCGGAGGUGUUUGAGCUCUUCGACAACGUGUUGAUCCUAAACGCCGGUGAGGUCAUGUACCAUGGUCCUCGUGCCCAAGCUUUGCCGUACUUCGAGAGUUUGGGCUUCCGUUGUCCGCCGCACCGUGACACGGCAGAUUUCCUGUUGGAUCUCGGCACGAAUCAGCAGGUAAAAUAUCAGGAUGCUCUGCCUGGAGGAAUGACCAGGCACCCUCGUCUUCCAGUCGACUUUGGGCAGGCUUUUCAGCGCUCAGAUAUUUACCGUGAUACUUUAACUCGCUUGGACGAACCCUGGAAAGACGAGCUACUCUCUAACGUCGACGAGUUCAUGAAGUUUACACCGGUAUUUCAGCAGUCGUUUGUGGAAAAUGCUAUCACGGUCACGCGCCGUCAGAUGAUGAUCGCGGUGCGAAACCAAGCUUUUAUUCGCGUACGAGGCUUCAUGGUGAUCGUGAUUGCUCUGAUGUAUGGCAGUUUGUUCUAUCAGCUGAAGGCUACGAACGUCCAAGUGACAAUGGGUGUCCUAUUUCAGAGUUUGUUCUUCCUUGGACUCGGACAAUACGCUCAGGUCCCAGGGUACUGCAGUAUUCGCGGUAUUUUUUAUAAGCAGCCUAGCCAAAUCCCGUGGGCUGUGGGUGAGACGGUGGUGUUUGGCUCGAUAGUAUACUGGAUGUGUGGCUUUGUUGCCACAGUGGGAAAUUUUUUGCUGUAUGAGCUGCUAGUGUUCCAGACGCUGAUGGCGUUUGCAGCUUGGUAUUUCUUCAUGGCAGCCGUGACGCCAGAUAUGCACAUGGCAAAGCCUGUGUCGAUGAUGUCCAUCUUUACGUUUGUGGCGUUUGCUGGCUUCGUGAUCCCGAAGAACCAGAUACCAGACUACUUUGUGUGGAUUUACUGGUUAGACCCUAUCGCCUGGUGUCUGCGUGCUGUCGCUGUGAGUCAAUAUCACUCGUCUGCAUUCGAUUUGUGUGAAUAUGCUGGGAUAAAUUACUGUACGGACCACAAGAUGCAAAUGGGCGAGUACUUCUUGUCGCUGUAUGACGUGCCAUCCGAUAAGAGCUGGAUUUGGCUCGGAGUGGUGAUGUUGUUUUACAAGCGCUACGAAAGUCCCGAACAUAUCACCUUGACAACGGAGAGCACAGCACCGCCAUGGGUGUGCAGAGUAGUGAAGAAGUUCGAGCCCGUUGUUAUCGCCUUCCAGGACUUGUGGUACUCAGUGCCAGAUCCUCACAGCCCGAAGGAAUCGCUAACGCUACUCAAGGGUAUUAGCGGAUACGCGAUGCCAGGUUCCAUCACGGCUCUCAUGGGCUCUACGGGUGCUGGUAAGACGACGCUCAUGGAUGUGAUUGCUGGUCGGAAGACUGGAGGCACCAUUCAGGGCAAGAUCCUGCUCAAUGGCUACGAAGCGAAUGAUCUGGCCAUUCGACGCUGCACAGGCUACUGCGAACAAAUGGACAUCCACUCGGACGCAUCAACUAUCCGCGAAGCAUUGAUCUUCAGCGCCUUCCUUCGCCAGGACAGCUCGGUACCCGACAGUCAAAAGUACGACUCGGUGAAGGAAUGUCUUGAACUUCUGGAUCUACAGAGUGUAGCGGACGAGAUUGUACGUGGCAGUCCAACAGAACGCAUGAAGCGUCUCACGAUCGGUGUGGAGCUGGCUGCUGACCCGAAGGUGUUGUUCCUGGACGAGCCCACAAGUGGACUGGAUGCACGCUCGGCCAAGCUCAUCAUGGACGGAGUACGCAAAGUUGCAGACACUGGUCGCACCAUCGUGUGCACAAUCCACCAACCUUCCACUGAGGUGCUUAUGCUUUUCGACAAGCUCUUGCUGCUGAAACGUGGAGGUCAGACGGUGUUCUUUGGCGAUCUGGGCAAGCGAGCGCAGAAGAUGGUGGACUACUUCGAGGCGAUUCCGGGCGUGACACCUCUUCGUGAAGGCUACAACCCGGCUACGUGGAUGUUGGAGUGCAUCGGUGCACGUGUGAUCCACGUGCACGACAACCCGGUGGACUUCGUCGACGUGUUCAACUCUAGCAAGAUGAAGCAUGAGAUGGAUAUGCAAUUAUCAUCAGAGGGUAAGAGUGUGCCAGUACCCGGCUCAAGUGAAGUGACGUUUGCUCUGGUGAAACGCUUCAUGGAUUUGUACUGGCGAACACCGUCCACGAAUCUCACGAGACUGGCGAUUAUGCCUCUAGUUGCCUUGGGAUCAAUCAAUGCUGGCGUGGGGAUGGUUUUCCUCACUUCGUACCUCACUGGCGUGGUAUCCUUUAACAGCGCCUUGCCAAUUACGUCUGAAGAUCGACCAGCAUUCUAUCGGGAACGUGAGGCGCAAACGUACAGCGCCUUUUGGUAUUUUAUUGGCUCCACUGUGGUCGAAAUCCCUUACGUCUUCGGGUCGAUGCUGCUUUACACGAUCAUUUUCUAUUGGAUGGUGGGCUUCAGUGGCUUCGGCACUGCAGUUCUCUACUGGAUUAACACGUCGUUGAUGGUGCUACUACAGACUUACAUGGGCCAGUUACUCAUCUAUUCCAUGCGCAGCAUUGAUGUCGCAGCGCUAGUGGGAGUGAUGAUUUACUCUAUUACAAUCCUGUUUUACGGCUUCAAUCCGCCAGCGAGCGACAUUCCUGCUGGUUAUCAAUGGUUGUACACGAUCACCCCGCAACGCUACUCCGUUGCUAUCCUCGCUGCUCUCGUGUUCAGCAAAUGCGACAAUCCCCCCACGUACGACACCGACGCGCAGCAGUAUGUGAAUGUUGGCGCUGAUCGUGGCUGUCAGCCCAUGUCGAAUCCACCGACUAAUAUUGACCAUAUCACUAUCAAGGAAUACGUCGAGGCCACGUUCGAGUACAAGCACGACGAGAUCUGGCGAAACUUUGGCAUUGUGCUUGUCUUUUUUGUCAUUCUGCGUGUGAUGGCUCUACUUUCGUUGCGCUUUAUCAACCAUCAGAAUAAGUAA